UAAAGAAAAGAUCGUUAUUUACCAGCAGCUAAAUAAUCAUGCAUUUCCAAAGUCAAUUAAUCUAUAAACUUACGUUGGGCACAUUUCUAAUGUUGUGGGCUCAAACCUCAGCAGAAGUGUUAAGGGAUGAAGCUUCUCUCAACAAUCUCUACAACAAUCUGCUACAACGUGAAUAUGCCGGACCGGUAGUUUUCCCCAACCACCAGGUCGAACGUAAAGCCCAGCGAUCACCUUCUCUUAGGUUACGUUUUGGUCGUCGCAGCGAUCCCGAUCUAUUCUCUCAAACUCCCGAAAAACGUUGGUUCGGUGAAGUCAACCAGAAACCUAUUAGAUCGCCUUCUUUAAGAUUACGUUUCGGUCGCCGCAGUGAUCCCUCUAUGCCCAUGCACAGUCCCUACGAUAUCCUAAUGAAUGGCCAACAGAUGCCCGAAAAUAAUGAUGACUACAAUGAGAUCUACGAUGCUUAUUAUAAUCGUGUCGUAAGGAAACCUCAACGUUUGAGGUUCGGACGUAGUCUACCAUUUCAAACAAUGAAUGCAGUCAAUGAAAAUGAUUUAUUAGAAUCAGGAGAUGAUAAUAACGAUAUGACUUUACCCAAUAGUGAAGAUGAAUUCUAUAAUACUUUGAUACAUUCGCAAAAGUUAAGAAAUCUAUUGAUGUCUUUGAAUAAGUAUGGUGCUGGUCAGUAUAAUGAGGGUAUUGAUACAGCGGAAGAGGAUAUGGAUGAAUUUGAAAGAGCCAUACGUAAACCAGGACCAUUGCGUUUACGUUGGGGUCGCAGCACUGGUGGACGGAGUUCAAUGUUAGACAAGGAGAUUAAGGGAAAAGAUGAAUUGGAACAGAAGAACAAAGUAUCGGAGGUGGUGAAUGAUGUAGUAGACAAAUCGGUUAAUCAGCAAAACAAAGACUAAAUUCUGACUUUACAGGUUAAGGAUUUUGAUUUUAAGGCAAAGUAAUGACUUCAAUUAAGGCAGACAUUUAUUAUUAUAUGUA